AUGGCUAAGAACGAAGUGUCUAUAAAUAUUCUAAGGAAACUAGUCCUAGACUGCUUCCUUCUUAUUGGCUUGGGGCUAUGUAUAGGAGCAACAAAUCUGCUCUGGCAGCCUUUCCAACGAGGGUUCUUCUGUGGAGACCAGAGCCUGAUGUACCCCUACAAGGGAGACACUGUCACAGUACUCAUGUUGAGACUAGUUGGUCUUCUGCUACCUAUAUCAACGUUCCUAAUAUGCGAGUGGACACUUCUACGCAACGUGCGCGACUGUGAGCGGUGUCUAGGCGUGCGCAUCCCUGCCUGGGUGCGUGGCUUCUACAGCACGCUCGUCUGCUUCGCCAUCGGAACCUGCUUCGUCGAGAUCGCUGUCAACAUCUCCAAAAAUGUCAUUGGCAGACCUAGACCUCAUUUCUUUGAUAUCUGUCAACCGUCAAUAAACUGCAGUUCCUUAGAAUGGCAGGACCGGUACAUCCAGUCCUCAGACUACACGUGUACGGGACCACAGACUGAUAAGUACGGGGAUAUGCGCAAGAGUUUCUUGAGUGGCCACUCCGCGUGGGCAGCUUACACUAUGGUUUAUUUAGCUAUGUACUUAGAAGGCCGGAUGACAUGGCAGGGUACAAGGACGCUCCGCCACGUCCUUCAGUUUGGAGUCGUGAUGCUGAGCUGGUUCACCGCGCUCUCGAGGGUCACUGACUUCAAACACCACUGGAGUGACGUGCUCGCUGGGUACUCCCUCGGCGUUGUGUUCGCCGUUUUCAUGUGGGCUUGGGGCACAGAUGUGAUUCAGAAGAAGAAGAACCACAACUCGUUGCCUCAGUUCGAGAUCGCUAUCACCAGCCAGUCGAUGCAGCCACAGCGUUAA